CAUAUCAAACUAGUUUAUCAAUUUACUAAGGGAUUUUGAUUCUAUUACCUAUUUGGAAAUUAUGUAUGGGAAAAAGUCAUUAAGCUACUUGUUGAUCAAUUUACUUAUACUUAAUGGAAAAUUCUGAAAGCAGUGAUCUGAUCUGUUUUCUCCUCUGUGUUAUCUUAGUUUUCUUCAAUAUUUUCUGCAUUUUGAUCACUAAAUUUUGAUAUGCGCAGAAUGGCUGGGACAAGAUUAAUCCAAUGGUUGUUUCUUCUAGUAUGGGCACUAGUAAUGCUCAAAACAGAAAGUGCUAAUGUAUCAAUUACAAUUGUUGAGGAUGCGGUGGCAAAAGGAGCUGUUUGUCUGGAUGGAAGUCCGCCAGCUUAUCACUGGGAUAAGGGAUUCGGUGCAGGAAUUAACAAUUGGUUGGUUAACAUUGAGGGAGGUGGAUGGUGCAACAAUGUCACCCUCUGUCUUAAUCGUUCAGAAACUCGUUUAGGUUCAUCUAAGCAUAUGGACAAGGCAGUUGCUUUCACUGGGAUUCUGAGUAGAGUCCAAAAUUAUAAUCCUGACUUCUACAACUGGAACAGAAUUAGGAUUAGAUACUGUGAUGGGGCAUCAUUUACUGGUGAUGUAGAAGCAGUUGAUCCAGCCACUAAUCUUCACUUCAGAGGAGCAAGAAUUUGGCCUGCAGUAAUUGAGGACCUAUUAUCAAAAGGAAUGAAAGAUGCAAAAAAUGCUUUUCUCUCUGGUAGUUCGGCUGGUGGAUUGGCUUCUAUUUUGCAUUGUGAUAGCUUCCGAGCUCUCAUACCUAGCGGUGCUAAAGUUAAAUGCCUAUCAGAUGCUGGUUACUUCAUCAAUGUGAAAGAUAUUUCCGGAGCACGACACAUUGAAGAAUUCUACAGUCAAGUGGUUGCAACGCAUGGUUCAGCAAAGAAUUUGCCUUCAUCAUGCACUUCAAAAAUAAAACCAGAGUUGUGUUUCUUUCCCCAAAAUGUGGCACAUGAAAUUAAAACACCAAUAAUUUUUGUAAAUGCAGCCUAUGAUUCAUGGCAGAUUAAAAACAUUUUGGUACCAACUAUAGUUGAUCCUCAUGGCACCUGGCAUAAUUGCAGACGUAAUAUAAAGAAGUGCUCGGACGAUCAAAUUCAAACCAUGCAAGGUUUUAGGCUUGACUUCUUAAAAGCAUUGGAAAACACUGGCAACUCUUCAUCUAAGGGACUAUUUAUCGACUCUUGCUAUGACCACUGCCAAACCGAAUUGCAGGAGACAUGGUUAUUUGAUGAUUCUCCAUUGCUGGCUAAAACAACAAUUGCAAAGGCUGUUGGAGACUGGUAUUAUGACCGAAGGCCCUUCCAAAAGAUAGAUUGCCCUUAUCCUUGCAACCCCACUUGCCACAACCUUGUUACCGUUUUACAAGAACACCCAGAACUACCUGAGAGAGACAACUACUUCUACCAGUACCGAGAGAUCGUUUUGAGAAUAAAAAUGGAAUGGGGUUUCGUGCAUAAAGUUUGGGACAAGUGGGCUUCUAACAAUAUCUCCUCUUCUUCUGGUGAGCCCUUGAAAGCUGCUCUUCUAAUUAACUAUGACCCAACUGGACCCUCUCGCUUGUUGUCUACAAUUGCAAAACAAGAAGGAAUUAAAGUAAAUCCCAUUGAAUUGAGCCAAUUUGUGGAUUUCAUCAAGCGUGACAAACUCCAAACUGAGACCUUCAUUAUUGGGCCAAACCAGUACUUGGUCACUUCAAUUCAUGAGAAUUGGUUCUGUGCAAGGUGCAUGAACACUUCAAAACCUGCUGGUGAAGGUGCUAUUAUCAUGCAAACAGCAGCAUUCCUCUUGGUUGCAUUGUAUGAUGGUUCUAUUGGAUCAGCAUCUCGUGCUAUGGCGGCUGUUGAUCAGUUUGCAUGGCAAUUAGGUCGAAGAAAUCUUUAACCUUGGUUCUAGCGAUAGUAGAUUGAGGUAUUUAGCUUUGAGAACAUACCCGUUCAAGUAGAUAUUCGCUGUCAGCAUCAACAUUCACAUUGGUAAUCUUUUGGCCACUAACAAUUUCAAGGGCAACAACGCCAAAGCUGUAUGCAUCAACCUUCUCUGAUAAUUGACCUUGGAUUGCAUACUCUGGUGCUGUGUAUCCCCUGGUGAGUAACGAGAUGAGAUCUAAUUAAUACAUAUUUUGCAGAACCAAAAAAGGCCGUAAUGGAGCUUUUGCUACCAAUUGGUCCCCAUCCGCAUGCACAAAUAUCUUGCAUCAGUUGAUUACAUUUGUAGUAACAUGUAAAUCAAUCUACUUGUUAAACUAAAAAUCUUAAAUUGAAAUAAUAUUGACAUUCUCAAAUUUCAAUUAACCAUCUAAUUUGAUA